AUGAGUUCGUCCAGCGGCCGCCGGCCAGGCCACAGCUCUCGAGGACAUCGGCCACCCAAGAAGCCAAAGAUGAGCGAUGAAGAAUGGAAGAAGUCCCUUGCUACCUUUAAAGACGUAGUGGACAAUGUGGCAUCCGACGACCGUUCCAUACAGCAGGCUUGGGAGACCUUGCUCCACGACUAUAGGAACAAAUUCAACGCGAAGGUCUCCGCCCACUCAGCGCAACACAUUGAAGAGCCUUUUGGACUUUGGGCUGCAGACAACCUGAGAGAAAGCGCAAUCGAGCGAGUUCUCUGUCUGGUGUUCCGCAAAGAGCUGGCCCAGUGCAACCACAUCACUCUUCUCAGGAGCACAGCUACGAAAGCAAACACGACAGUGUGGAAUAUGCUCCUCUUCUUUGGCGCGUCCAUGUUCUCCGAGUCACUCCUUGGAAAGGUCAGGAAACGACUUCGCGUGUUUAACAGAGACCCAGUCACCGGAACCUCGAACUUCAAGCCUGCAUACAUGAGGGUCUUACGGGCUCAUGCCAGACGAACCAAGAUUUCGCUGGACACUACAUCAAUCGCCACUCUGAACGCAAUCCGGGUAUUCACCAGUCCUGAUUUGACCGCUAUGGCCUCGGCAAACCCUGAGUUCGACCUACCUCCGCGAAAGACGGGCUGCGAAACUGGCAGCUUGCAGGUCAAGGGCCAAGACGCCAGCCACGUUGACACCGACCAAAAUAGAAGCGUUCGAAAACAAGGAGUCACCCAGGCGAAGAAAAAGAAACCAGGAGGCACUGCCAGUACCCAGGAAAUCGGGAAUGGCGUGUCCGAAGAUAUUGCGCCUGCAGGCGGCGAGACUAUUAAGCCAUCGAUCGAGUUUAAUAUACCUGAUAGUCAACCCAACCUUGCUGGGCCACGGGAUACAGGAACAGGACCGAAAUCCCUUCGUUCUGAAUCUGAAGGACAGCAAAACUUCCUUCCCUCGGUCUCUUCGACGACCAGUUCGGACCCACCCAGAGACAUUGGCAGCCGUCGAAACCCGCCACGUAAGGGUAGGCCGGGAAAAAUCGACUUUGGGAUCGUUGCCACUGAAAUCGGAGAGGCUUCAGUCGACGAUGAUGAGAAUAAUGUGAGCCUUGUGGUCAAAGCCACACCUUCUUCGAAGUCGGGGGCCACUGGAUCCAACGGCGAGCUGCGACAGGCCAGAGCAGGGUCCACCGUCUACUGUGCUUCGCCCAUGAGCCAAGCCAGAUCGAAGCGACCUUUGCAGAUACAGGAAAAUGAGCAGACUGUCACCUCCGAAGAAGGAAGAAAGCGCCCGAAAACUACACAUACAAGGAGUUCUCUUUUGGGUAGCGGAUGGGAGUGGGAUGAUGAGACAGUGCUCGCCAUCCUCCACCAACUAGAAUCCACCGGCCACCCAGACUAUGUUGUGGUUGAUGGCUUGAGUCACAAAGAUGCUAGCACACGAAAGCAACUUACCGGAGAAGCCGGGAGGAGAGGCUCUCUACUUGUCCCGCUGAAACUUGAUGCCGGACAGCGGUUACUGGUGGUUGUAGAGCUCAACACUCGAGGAAAGCUAGGCACGGGCGUUAUGCGAUAUUACGAUCCUUGCGGGCCACCAGAAGAGGAUUCAGCAGCCGCGUACGCCCCAGCCAUGAAGCUCGCACCACUGCUGGCUCAUGUUCUUCCCGACCAGGAUCUUAAUCCGACCCUUUGGGAAAUGCAAUACUGUGUCUGCCCUGAGCUCUUCUGUGAACAGGACAGCGGUAUAGCAAUAUGCAUGGGAGCGAUGUAUGCAGUUGGUGGCCGUCCGCUCCCCGAAGUGAUCGACUGGACCUUCUGGAGGCACCUGCUCCUGGGGGCUUUCUUUCCGGACGACGCGGCAUUGCAACUGCGUAUUUCACACUACAGGGAUGAUGUAAUCAACAAGCUCAUCCGCCAGGGACAGAUGUCAGAUGGAGUAUCUGUGCCUCGGGGCAGGCGUGUUUCAUCAGACAUCGAGUAUUUGGGCACAGCAGCCAUGAACCCCGUCGAUCGAAUCGAGUGCCGCGCUAACAACGCAAGGAAGAUCAUUGAGGUGGUCCACGAGGGCCACAAUAUCUUCCACAGCCUCCAGGAGAAGGAUGAUCAGGGAAGAGCGGAUGCUAAGACCAGACUUGACAAGAGCAUACACAUACGGGACAGCCUGCGCCGCAAGCUCAACAUUGGCGACCAGAUUGUGCUCGGUGCACGCAUACCAAAGGUUGAGUCUGACGAAGAGACCGCGGAGGGCUUUGACAAGUUGACUCUGCAGCAUGCCAUAGAGGAACACAGCCUCUGCACGACUCUCCUCGAGGGCCUCUCUGCCAGCAACGAAUCUAUCCACCAGGCUCUGCAUAUUGUCGCCGCUUGGCGACGCGACGUGAUGGCGGCGGUGAUGGAGGACGAUGCCAGUAUUUCAGACAAGUGGGCAAACAAGUGCACAGGAGAGGCAUGA